AGACAAAAGACAAAAUCCAUCUCUCACACACCUCUUCUCUUUCUUUACCUCAAGAGUUCCUCUUGGGGAUCCAUGGCGUUCCGAGCGAGAUAUCUUCGCCGGCUUCGCCCUAUCCAUCCUGAAGCGAUUGCCUCCAUCACGGGCGGCGGCUGCGUCGGCCAAAUGAGGCUCCAGUGCACCGCUGACCUGGGAGGCUCCGGCAAGUUCUCCGGUGGCAAAAGCGCGUACGAGGUGCUUGGGGUCUCGGAGUCCAGCUCCUUCCCGGAGAUCAAGGCCUCGUUCCGCAAGCUUGCCAAGGAGACCCACCCUGACGUCGUUUCGUCGGCCUUGGCAGACGACGCCACCGCAUCCCAGCGCUUCCUCCAGAUCCUCGCCGCUUAUGAAAUUCUUUCUGAUUCUAAUAAAAGAGCCCAUUACGAUAGCUAUUUGCUUUCUCAGAGGGCAAUAUCGCGGAAGCAGUGUGGACUUGGUACAACUAUCUACACUCACAACUCAUCUCUAAUCAUGUCAAAGCAAAGUGAUGUAGUUGAAUGGCUAAAAUGGUAUAGACUUUCUGUCAAUGAUAUCGUUAUGGAGAGGAGAGUUGCGAUGGGCUCUGGUUAUUUUGACAAACUUGAGAAUGAGCUUUACUCAGCAAUCCGCAUGGCAUAUUAUGGGCCAGUCAUUGAGUCUAUGGAUGUUCUUCCCGACUCUUUUGAAGCUGAAGAGAGGUCUGCAUAUGAAACUUCAGAGGUAUUGCACCUAGUUUCAGGACGUGAUCUGUUUGGGAUUGUUAAUAUGGUGGACAGGACUCCUGAGCUAUCUCAUAUGUGCCAUGAAAAGUUAACUACUUUUGAUUUCAACGUUCAUGGAGUUCCUGAAAAUGUUUGGCAGCCUAUGGUUAAAGGGAACUGUGUUCAUCCAAGGAUUGUAGAUGUUUGUGAGAAGGAAAUGGGACAAGACACUAAUUUUGAAUCAGAUUCUUACAAAGAUCUUGAACUCCGUAUUCUUGGGAGAGUAGUUGCAAUGGCAACCAGGAGUCCUAGGUGCAAAUGUCUUGGCUUGCCAAUGGAUGAUUUGGAAGACCAUAUACAUGUUUUUCUUACCACAGAUGGGGCCCAAAAUUCAGUUACACCUGGUUCAAGAACUCCACUGGGAACCAUAACAGGACUAGGGACAAGUGCUGAAGAAGGAUCUUGCUUUGUUUAUGACAGAGCUGGUGUUAAAACCCAUGUGAUUAUGAAGCAUAGAACAUUGCUGGUUAAACACAUGCACUGGUACCAAGUACAUGGUGAAGCUUCAGCUUGUGAGUGUCGAUGUAGUAGAGCUCGCUUACCACCUAGCAAAUAUUGGCUGUUUGAACCUCGUUGCUGUCUGCAUGACGUUGGUGGCUGGUAUAUUGAAACAUUUGGGCGGGACAAGAAAGGAAAGACUGUCCCAUCUCAAAGACAGUGGGAUGGUAUGAUUGAACAGUCUGAAAAGAGACUACAUCCUGCUAUAUAUUUUGUGGCUCUGGCAUAUAGAACAUUAGACCUUGAACAUGCAAAAAGGAGCAGGUGGAGCAUUACGAAUUUUGUGGUACCUUAUAUUUUUAGCAUUACUCGCUGGUGGCAGAAACUCAUGUAGUUGGAUUCACUUUGGACCUUCAGAAAGAAGCUACUUUAUUUAUCAGCAGAAUUAUGCCAGGGGGUACAUCAAAGACAUGAAUUACUACGAAAAAGAGAGAUCAAUCACUUAUUGAGAAUUUGAGAUACUUAUAUCAUGGUUGGUUUACAUUUUGGAAGGACAAAUCUUCAUCUCCUUGUCAACUUUAUCAUAAUCUGAUAUCUAUGAUCCACUACUUAUCGCGAUGAAGCUAGCAACAAUUGCGAAAGGGCAUCUGAUAUUGGACAGAUUCAGCUCCAGUAUAUUUUUGUCAUCCAUUGAUAGUGGCUUUUAGGGACUCUUAAAAGGCUGCCUGUUUUUUCUGUGCAAACUGUUCCAUGUUCUAGAGGAAUCUUUGUAGAACAAAUGCAGGGUCACUUUAGGUUAAGAUGCUUAACAAGGUGCCAAGUACCACAAUGGCAGUGUUGUCAAGGGGGCGAUGAGGAGCUUACUUGGGUCCUGAAGUGAGGUGAAGCCUGAGCAUCUUAAAGGGUCUCAGGCGAGGCACUUUCAAUUCUGCAUUGGACCUCCUAGGCGGAGGGACAAGUGAGCGUCUCAAUUGAGGGUGCUGGGCAGCAGCCCAGCCUCUGCCUAGGCUGUCGGCUCGAAUGCCACCUGGUAACUGACUCAAUUAUUUAGGGAUCUAACAUUCUCUUGCCUUCCACAACCAGUUGCCUUUUCUAUCCUCUUCUGUCGUUGCUACGCCCACGAUAUAUCCUUGCUGCUGCCUUGUCUUCUCUCUCUUUACCCCCCUCUUUGUCUCCUCUCGGAGACUCUUAUGUCGGCUGUCACGAAAGAUAAUUCAGGAGAUGAAUGCUAUUGUGUCAAACUGCAGAAGAUGAUGGUCUUUCAUAAUAGUUUUGGCAUGGGGUGAUGUUGAUGA